AUGGGUAAUUGUCAAUUCAAGACUGACAACAUUAAUGACUAGCAAAAGCAAGUAGUCAUAUCCAAGAAUCAUUUCACCUUCUUAUACUGUAUUGGUAAGGGCGGCUUCGGCAAAGUCUGGAAAGUGAUUAUGAAGAAGAACAAUACAUACUAUGCGAUGAAGGAAAUGGCAAAGGCUAGAAUCAUCUCGAAGAGAAGUGUAGACUCGGUUCUUAAUGAGAGAAUCAUCCUGUCAGAGCUCAAGAAUCAGUUUUUGGUGAACAUGUACUACGCCUAUUAGGAUCGAGAAAAUCUUUAUCUGUGCAUGGACUUACUUACAGGUGGUGAUCUUAGGUAUCAUAUAAAUAAAAGAAGAAGGUUUUCGGAGGAUUAAACUAAAUUUUUUGUCUGCUGUUUGCUUUCAGCGUUCGACUAUAUACACAAAAAGAGUAUCAUUCACCGAGAUAUUAAGCCCGAAAACAUAGUCAUAGAUAGUAAUGGCUACCUGAGAGUCACUGACUUUGGCAUAGCUAGGUAUUACAAGAAAGAUAAUUCCAGAGAAACAAGUGGUACUCCGAGUUACAUGGCUCCUGAAGUAUUAUGUAAAUAAAACCAUACCUUUGCUGUAGACUAUUACGCACUUGGAGUUAUUGCCUAUGAAUGCAUGAUGGGCCGAAGACCAUAUUCAGGAAAGUCGAGAUAAGAAAUUAGGGAUUAAAUCUUGCAAAGGCAAGUUUAGAUAAAAGAGGUAGAUAUUCCUCAAGGGUGGAGUUUGGAAGCUGCUGAUUUUAUUAAUAAAUUAAUCUAGAGGAAGUGUUACAAAAGACUUGGAUAUUAUGGAAUCAAUGAAGUCAAGAGGCAACCUUGGUUGAAGGAUUUCGACUGGACAAACUUAAAUUCAGCCACCACACCAUCGCCAUUUAUCCCUCCUAAUGAGGAUAAUUUUAGUUAGAAAGUUGUAUCUGAGGCGUUUCGAGAUGAAAAUGAAGAGAAAUAUAAGGAGAGUCUAUUAUUGAUUGAAAAACCAAGAAUCUAGUCUUUGUUUGACGGAUAUUACUAUGACUAUUCGUGUAACUAUCCUCAGAAGGAUAUACUUACCAAAGAAAGAAUUGCAGAUAUAGAUAAAUCAAUGAUUGAAAUCCAAGAAGAGCAGUAGAAUUUAUUGUAAACAAAAAACACUCUAUAUGUUCCGGCUGUAGUUGCUAACUGA